CAUUCACCAUUGAAGCGAAUCAGAAAGAACUUAUUACAUUCAUGGAUGAAUUACCACAUGUGGAAGCAGCAGCAAGAGUAUCUGUUGUAACUGUAAUGUCAUCAGUAACUUCUUUAGUCACUGGAGUUUCACAGAUUAAAGAAGAAAUGCGCGUUCUUAAACGAAUAAGACUUAUUCCAGUAAAUGAUAGAUUUUUAGAAGUGAUGGAUGAUUUUGUUAUACAAGUGGAGUCCACAAUUAAAAGGAUCCAGGAAACAGCCACAAAUUUGGAUAAUGAGUUAAAGCAAAUGUUAAUUUAUUAUGGAGAGGAUCCAAAAUCAAUAAAACCCGAAGACUUUUUUGGAUUAAUUGUUUCAUUCUCAUCAUCUUUAAUGAAAGCACGUAAAGAGAAUGAAGAUGCUCGAAAGAAAGUAGAGAAAGACAAGGAUAAUGCGUUAAAACAGACGAAUAAAAAACCAUCAGAUGCGAUUAGCAUUGCUUCAUCAAAUGACGCGCAAGGCGAUUUCGAUGAUGCAAUUCGUGAACUUCGAUCAGGUCUUAAACGUAAUCGUGGUAGGCCUGUAUCAAAAGUAUUUUUGGAAAUCACUGAAGAACAAAAUUUCUAA